UGCUAUCGAUCCACGUCCAUCGAUGGCGCCAUCCAACAACUGCACGCUGAUCGCCUUGCUGCUCGUCGCCUUCGCCGUGGUCCUCCAGCCAUCUUCGGCGAUCAGAGUCGUCGAAGGAGCUCUCGCCAGGGCCACCGCGUCAAGCGCCACUGAAGCUGCAGCGCCGUCGUCUCCCGACGGUGGCGGCAUCCCGCCGCUGCCGCCGCAGCCGAGGGAGUGCCGGCCGUGGCUGAUGCGGAUGAUGCCAUGUUCGGGCUUCAUCACCAACUCCAGCGUGUACGCGCCGGAGCCCACCUGCUGCGACGGCUUCAACUCCAUGUUCAGCUACGACACGGUCACCUGCCUGUGCCACGUCGUGAACGGCGACGUCGGCCGGCUCCUGCCGGCGCCGAUGAUCCACAUGCGCAUGGUGGAGCUCUUCUCGGUGUGCGGCCACGACGUGCCCGUCGAGAUACUUGCCGCGGCAUGCAACAUGAUGGACGAUGUGCCGCCGAUAGACCUUCCGAGUCCUCCGCCGUCGACGCCAUUGCCGUUGCCAGCCGCCAGCGCCAUCGCCGUCGGCAGGAUGGCCAUGAUUAACUAGCAACGACUCUUCGGUAUAUUAGUAGUAUAUAUGUCAAGGAACCUCCUAGCUUCCUUAUUUAGGGAGUGAAGUAAGUUGAGAAUAGGGUCAAUCUACGAACAACUCAACUAGUAAGUUUAUCUUCUGGCCUUUCGAAUUCGAAAUAAGAUAGUAAGUAUGUUACGUAACGCUUUUAUUCUGGAGAAAUGGCCGAGGUAAUAUAAUCUUAAUAAAAGUGUUUCCUAAACUAGUGGUAGAUAAUAUUUCCAUGGUCAGGUUUAUUAUCCUUGAAAGCUGGAUUUCUGAAAAUAUAUAAAACCUCCGGUGUUUUGGCAUGAAAAGCAUAUCUAGCUAGGAGUUCGUCAUCUCACGGAGUAUAUGACUGGCACAACAAGAAACAGAUGUAAAUUGAAUGGAUUUUUUGAAUCAUAAACUAACAGAUUGAUGGCACGGUGUACAUUAUCAUCAAGACAUCAACCUCCAGCUAGGAUUGCAAAGUUUAAUCUUAAACAUUCCCAAGUAUGAUUUUGUUCUAACUGAAUUUCUGUUGCUCCUGCCGUGAGGAUAUGGGCCGCCGCCAUAGGUGGAAGUUUGUCUACGUAAACAACAAGGUUGUUGUUUUGUUAUUAUGUGAUGGUAUACUAAUUUGAAGUCGUUUU